AUGCGCCGUUGCCUCUUCGUUGUACGGCAUCCGAAAGCCUAUGCUGCCAUUCAUAUCGCACAGCACCAACUAGUUUCCGCUUCAACGACUUCUUGCUCCCUUGAGAGAACUCCCUUGCUCUGCGUUGAAAGUGGAAACGUUUCUGUUGAGCCCGCGAGGGUUCAGUUUGAUGGGCUGAUCAAAGAAAUAAAUGAAUUUCAGGUGAGGCGGAAGCGUUCUGAGCGCCGUCUUAACGUUCCCGCUUCAAAUAUACCUACAACAAAAACAAAACCGGCACAAGUGGAGCGAAAUGUAGCACGGGUUCCACAACCAUCGGGUCCAACCAGCUCGGUGGUAACAGACCCUUUAUUAUCAUCAGUGCCAUUUGUGUUGCGUGAUCCGCCGGUGUUAACUGAUGUCGCCUGCACUCUGCACGAGUUGGAGAGUGCACUUUUCCAAAUCUCAGAGGAUGAGGGGGCGUUACUCGACGAGAAGGUGAACGUCGUACCGGACGCGACCGCCGCAAAUAACGACGACGGCUACGUUGGUGCAUCCAGUGAAUUGGAAGGGAGUUGUGUUGAUGGGGGCCAAAGUGCUGCCACUGAGGACCGUCAAGCGGCAGCGGAUGCUGGGGAGCUUUUGAGUGCUCAGCCAGAUUCCCAAAACUCUGGACUGCGUUGCUGGCUUGAUGAUACCGUUGUUCCCACUUCGAGAAUUUGCAGCGACACCAGUCUCAAUACAACUUCACUGCAUGUGGAAUGGCUGUCGGAGCGCACCGUCGCAUUGGAGUUACGUGAAAACCCAGCCUCCGUUGUGGAUCUUGUCGCGGGACUCAACAGCGCACUUUCCACUCUGGAGGCGGUGAAGGAAUGGUCGCAUGGUCUCGUUGUAGUGCUCCGCACGGCUCGCGAUAUUCCCUUUUAUACCCCGAAACACUCAGAGUUGGAGUUGACCCCUAUAAAUCGCCUCGAGGUCAUGCGCGCGAAGUCUCGACUGUUUCGCCGAAUGGGAGAGGCGUCAAGGUGUGGAGUGGUAUUUGUAGGGGAGAUUGGUGUGUCCGCCCUAGACUUCGGCGCUGAGUUGCUCUUCACGUGUGCCAGGGUUGAAUUUCCAAUCUCCUGUGCAGAUGAAGUGCGCGUUGGAUUCCCCUCCCUUCAAUUCGGCGUGUGGCCCUCGCCAGAUGUGCUCAAGAGAUUAAGUGGGGUUGUUGGGUACGGUGAAGGGGUGACUGACGUCGUCCCAGCAUUUCAUACUUUGCCCUGGGGAGAGUGGAGAAAACUAUACCCGCAGCUUUCGUUGCUCUCUGACAUGGAAUGUCAGUCAUGGAGUAGAGUGUGGUUGCCAGAGAUCAUGCGCGGAUGGUGGCAAUGGCGUUUGUGGUUUUACCAGAAAAUGUGUGGCGCAUUCAGGCAAGAUUUAACUCCUUUUUGUGACGCCGUGCCUCACAACACUCCGGGGGGUCUGUGGAACUCUUAUUGUGCCCUAGUGACCGGCACCGAAACCGACGGUGGUGCCGAUGUUCUUGACAAGAGCAUCAACAUGUAUGCGGAGCUCAUGGCAAACCGCGACAUAUACAAUUCCGCGUGUGUGGUGGCGAAACUGGACCGUGUGCAUAAUCGCGUUUUAAAUCCUCUUCCCUGCGAUGAUCGGUUUGUGGUGUCACCGGGCUGCUCUGCAGGUUCCUUGACGUCGUCUGCACCCUUUUUGAUAUUCGCUGAGGACGCGCUUGGUGGUGCCGCUAAAUUGAUUGCUCAGCACCGCAGUUCCUUUGAUUUGAAUUCCCCACGUUACGCAUUAUUGAUCGGAGAGUCUGACGCGGUGAAGGAUGUGGCAGCAUUGUUAGACUGCGCUGUGGUUGCCACGCCCGUUUGUGCACCAAAGGUGGCUCCAUUGGGCGGAAAACCUAUGGUGGAGGUCCAAGUCCUCCCUGCUGUACACGUGGCCGACAACGAGUCCAAGGUGGCUCUCUCCAGUGCGUUGGCGUAUUUUCAGUCAACCGAGGUCCCGUACAUUGUUACAAGGGGAGGUGACGUGUCUAAACGGCUUCUGGCAGCUCUUUCCCUCGAGUUAUGCCAGCUGGCCUCAGAGACAGAGUGCUGGCGUGUAGAGGGCGUUGCCCGACGUCGGCUUGGAUUCUCCACUUGCCCAUUUGAACUCAUGGAUCGGUACGGUGCGGCUUUUAUAUCUGCCGUUAUAGACCGGUACGAGCAUAUGAAAAAUUUCGUAAGACAAGUGCCACCCGCAUCCAGGCUGUUGUUGGCGGCCGCGGGUACCGGAGGCUUUUACGACAAAACGGGGCGGAUAGCCGGUUCGGUUGCGCAACGUUUGAGGUCUGAGGAACCUACUGAUGGUGAAAUUUUUGUGAGGCUCUUAGGUACCGUGCUUAACGAGAGUUGCUCUUUACUGUUAGAUGGCACGGUAGAAUCAACAGAUGAUAUCAAUCUUGCCUCUGUGUUUUGUUUCGGUCUCAAGCCGUCGGUCGGAGGUAUUCUGUCGUGUAUGGACGACAACAUGUCGCUUUCCACCCUCGUCAGAGAAAUGUUGUACAUGUCCAGGGGUUGCAGUGGGGUCUCCACUGUUCCCUCCCCGCUGUUACGUGCCAUGGACGACGCGAGUGAAUCAUUCCGUACACUUUCUGCAGAUACCAUCCGCCGGGCGAGGGGGAACAUGUUGAAAUGA